AAAAGUUGUGUGUAUUGUAUUGACAUGUGCAAUGUUAUUGUGUAGCAAUGGAAAUGCUCAGAGAUUUUGGGUUACUACGGAUGAAUUGGAAAAUCAUAUAAAUCCUGACGAUCUCCGCGAACUACUGAAUCUUCGUAAUCGUAACACAUCAGCAACGACCACCCCCACCCCGCACGCGGACGCGGAACCAGAUCGAAUCUACGGCUCUAUCGACGAGGAUGAUACGCCGCACGCUGUCCCGGAUACCGUGGACUGCUUCGGUCUCGGCUCUCUCACGAAGCAGUUGCCGUGGCUUUUCAACAUGCGGCCAGACUCUUCUGAUGCUGUUAAAACACAUUUCUUCUUUUACUCCCGCAAACAGCCAUUUCGAGCACAGGUGUUGCUGGGAGAGCAGUUCGGGCUGGAGUGGGUGGACUUCAAGCCGAGUCGCAGAACCGUCAUCAUCGUUCACGGCUUCAUGAGUCAUAGCAAUGCUUCCUGGGUUAACGAUAUGGCUCAAGCCUUUUUAAAAUGGGAUGAUGUGAACGUCAUUGCGGUGGACUGGAGUGGAGGCGGCAAUACUUGGAAGUACUGGCGAGCGGUGGCGAACACUCGUCGAGUUGGCUCCGAUGUCGUAGCGUUCUUGAAGAAGCUAAUAGAGGAAACGGGAGCGCAGGUGAAGGAUUUCUACUUAGUGGGGCACAGUUUGGGCGCUCAUAUUUGCGCGUUUGUUUCGAAGCAUUUUAACGGUGUCGCUAGGAUAACUGGUUUGGACCCGGCCCAACCAUGCUUCCGAACAUCUGACAAGUCCGAGCGGUUAGAUAAAUCAGAUGCUGGUUUUGUCGAUGUCAUCCAUACAAAUGGGAGACUUUUGAAAAAGAUCGGAUUUGGGCUGCCGGAACCUGCAGGACAUGCGGAUUUUUACCCGAAUGGUGGCAUGAAGCAACCCGGGUGUCACAACGUAACAUCUUUAUUUUCAAAAUUCUUCCGUUACACACCAUCACAUUUGCAGCAAGCGAUUUGCAGCCACGGGCGAGCGUACCUGCUCUUUACCGAGUCUCUGCUCACCAACAACUGCUCGUUUAGGGCACAUCGCUGGAACUUAUCCUACGAAGGGGUGGAGUCGUGCCUCCGCGCAGCGUGCGACUUCACCGGGUCCUGCUCUGAGAUGGGCAUCAAUGCCAUCGGCGGGAAGGACUUGCCUAGGGCACAAGGCCCUUACUUUGUGCUGACAACUGAGAGGGUUCCCUAUUGUCCGUCUGAGUCGGAGCGGCGGCAGCCGGCGCAGCACCUGUUGAAGGACCUGCGCGAGGGCUUCCAGCUGGCGGGGUUCGGCGCGGGCACGCGGCGCCCGCCAACGUCGCGCGCGCCCGACUACGCGGACCCCGAUCCUACCACCGCUCGCAACAUCAUAGACACCCCUACCACCAAAAAAUCCUGGUUCAAUUGGUGGAAAAUUAAUUCGAACUAGACAUUUGAAACGUACGCGGCAGACCUGCCCAAAAUUCAGUUAAUUUAUGGUAAAGUAUGUACUUAAUUUGACAGUUCUGUCGGCGCAAUAUUUACGGUCAGCCAGUCCGGUAAAUAUGUAUUGUUGAUGCAACUCGCCGCUGAUAUUUUAUAAAUGCGAAAGGACUUCUUGUUCUGUUUGAUGCUGAUUAUUGUAUGUGUUUCCUUCCCUCUGUCUGUUAUCUUUUCAAGGCAAAGUCACUCAAUUCGGUUUACCCGCCAAAACGAUUCAACAUAUACAUAUUUUAAUUAAUUUUGUACAUAAAUAAGUUUAUAGGUACUAGAAAAUAUGCCUUACUAAUAUGCUCAUGUUACCUACUAUAAAAUUAACUCACCGAGCUGGUCCAAAUUGGUGAAAAAUGAACAUGACUAAGCUUGUACCUAAAUGUAAAUAUGAUAGCAAGUUUAAUAUUAUAU